AUGCUGUACACGCGUUUGUAUGCAGCUGAAGCUUUGGUCAUGGAGAAAGCCAAGGAAUCCCGUCCCUUGGAGAAGCCAUGGAAGUGUGGCGACUGUGGGAAAAGCUUCUGUUUCCCUUCUGACCUGGAGAUUCAUGGGUGCAGUCACACCAGGGAGAGGCCGAUCUCCUGCCCUGAGUGCGGAAAGGGCUUCAGCAAUUCCUGCCACCUGCUGGGCCAUCAGCGGGUCCACAUUUGGGAGAGACCCUUCAGCUGCCCUGAGUGCGGGAAGGCCUUCAGCAAUUCUUCUGUACUGCAGAGGCACCAGCGGGUCCACACGAGCAACAGGCGUUUCCCCUGCCCCGAGUGUGGAAAGAGCUUCAGCAAUUCCUCUUGCCUGUUGAAGCACCAGGGGGUCCACACGGGAGAGAGGCCCAUCAGAUGUCCCAAGUGCAGCAAGAUCUUCAGCAGUUCCUCCAUUCUGCAGAGGCACCAGCGGGUCCACACAGGCGAGAGGCCAUUCGCCUGCCCCGAAAGCAGGAAGGUAUUCAGCUAUUCUUCCGUCCUGCUGACCCACCGCCGUGUCCACAUGUUGGAAAAAAACCCUUCAGCUGCUCCAAGUGCGGAAAGGCCUUUAAUGAUACCUCUGCCCUGCUGA